AUGCAGUUCUCUUCCAUAAUUCUGUUCCUCUCCAGCGCCGCGGCGCUCGGCAUCAACUGCCGCGGCUCCGGAUUCUGCUCCAUCAACGACGCCUCCAUGCAAGUAGUUCACGACCAGAUUGGCAACUUGGUUGCUGGCGGCGGCGGCGACCGUCACUUCAACACCGGACGCAAGUCUUUCCAUCGCGAGGGCAAAACCCGCAGUUUCUACUAA